GCCCCGGGCGGGCACAGGGCUGCGAACUACAGCUCCCGGCAGCCUCUGCGCUGCCCCCGCGCGGCUUCCGGCCGGCGCCGGGAUGGCGCGGUGCUGAAAGGCGCGGGGAGCGCGCGGGCCUCCCAGCGCCAUGUACAGAAAGCAUCUCCAGGAGAUCCCAUCCUCUAGCACUAAUGUUUCCACCAGCUUGGAAUGGGACUCCGGCAAGACCUCGGAGCUUCUCUCGGGCAUGGGAGUGUCGGCCCUUAAGAAAGACAAGCUAGGCAAUGAAAACACACCGCAGGACCUGAUGGUGUCGUCGCCCUGCCUUCCUCCAAAACGGCAGAAGGUGAAGGACAACGAGAAGGACUUUGUUAUCGUGCGCCGGCCGUGGCUGCUCCGAGAGGCAGAGUCAGGUAUUUCUUUGGAUGCACUUCCAGAUGAAUUGCUUUUGGCAAUCUUUGCCUAUUUGCCUCUAAAGGAUUUGCUGAAAGUUUCUAUGAUUUGCAAGAGAUGGCAUCGACUUUCGUUUGAUGAAUCUCUCUGGCAGACUCUUGAUUUGACUGGUGGGAAUCUGCUGCCAGGAGUGCUUGGACAGUUGUUGCCUGCAGGUGUUACUGUGUUCCGCUGCCCGAGGUCUUGCAUUGGGGAUCCAUUGUUUAAAACAAGCAAACUUCUUAAAAUUCAGCACCUGGAUUUGUCAAACUGCACAGUGUCUGUUGCAGAUCUCCACAGUAUUCUUUGUCUGUGUGAAAAGCUGCAGAAUCUCAGCUUGGAAGGUCUAGUGCUUUCUGACAACAUCAUCAAGAGUAUUGCUAGAAAUCCCAAUUUGAUACGACUAAAUCUCUGUGGGUGCUCAGGGUUUUCUGCAGAAGCCUUGGAGCUGAUGUUGAGCAGCUGUUCCAUGCUGGAGGAGCUAAACUUGUCCUGGUGUGAAUUCACAGCCACUCAUGUCAAAGCAGCAGUCAAUCACAUUACUUCAAAGAUCACCCAGUUAAAUUUAAGUGGAUACAGAGAGAAUCUACAAAUAGCAGAUGUGAAAACACUGGUGGAGAGAUGUCCUUUGCUUGUCCAUUUAGAUCUCAGUGACAGCAUGAUGUUAAAGCCUGAGUGCUUCCAGUAUUUCAAACAACUUGUGUUCCUACAACACCUGUGCCUUAGCCGAUGUUAUCAGAUAUCACCUGCUGCCUUAGUAGAGCUUGGUGAAAUUCGAACCUUGAAGACUCUUCAGGUAUUUGGAAUAGUGACUGAUAGCUCCUUGCAGCUCCUCGAGGAAGCGCUGCCUGACAUGAAGAUCAAUGGUUCACACUUUACCAGUAUUGCAAGGCCAACUGUUGGCACUAAAAAGAGCCAUGAGAUUUGGGGCAUCAAAUGCAGAUUGACACUGAGAAAUCCUAGUUUCUUGUGAUCACAUACAAUGUACUGGAUGCCAUGGACAUACUGCAUUGAAGCUCCUUAGGGAAAAAAGUGCUGGAGCACCUUUUAUCAUAGUACUGUUACUCUCUAACUUGGUUUUACACCCUAAUGUUGUUUCAUAUUUUAUAUCAGUUUUUUUGUACUUAAAGUCUUUAGAAAUUUGAUGGUCUGUGAGCAAUUACAGAAUAUUUCUUUCAAUCUUUUUUUACAGGGGAUCUUUGAAAAAAAAAUAUUAUGAAACAACUCACAGUAAUUAAGUAAUAGCCUGUAGCAACUGUCUGCAGCUUCUGGAACAGCUUGCAGAGGUGCCAGAUACCUUUAUAAGGUUUAUUAAGGAAUUUGCAGAAUUCAAAAUGAACACUUAUAUAUUAACUCUGUUCAACUACAUAACUGAAGAAAGGGUACAGUGGGAUGAGUGAAUCAAACUUGAAAACAGUAAAUUGGGGAUAUCUACACAGAAGCAGCUAAGACAGCUCAACACCUUACAAGUUAAGUAGCAUAAAGGAGCAGUAGUGAAGUUUUCAUUUAGGAGGCCACAAAAGAAACUUUUGUCUUUAGUAGCCUUCAUUUUUAGGCAAAUAACAGUCUGAAAAGCCUGUUAGCUUUAGUUAGUUCUGUUAGUUACAAAAUUAGCAUCUGUAAUAAUAGAUGCUGGUUGUUCAUUAUUUCAUGUUGUGGUUAUUACAGAAACUUCAUGUAGCUUCCGUUUCUCUAAGAUCUUUCAACUGCAACAGAUAAAUUGGUAGAAGUUUUGCAGGAAGAGGGCUCAAAGAGUUCUAGGUAUGACUAAAAACCAGAACCUGGGACUGCUGUGUAAGAAUGCUAAAAGGGAGAGAUGCUUUGGUGCUAUCGAGAGACAUAAAUUUCUCUUUUAUAUUAGUUUGCUUGCAGUAGCACUUCUUGUAUUUGUAUCACUAACCACUAUUGUCUAGUGUUGAUUUUUUUUGAAGUCAUAGGGGAAGCUAAGUAACUGUCAAAAAAGAAAAAAAACCAAAUAAAGGAUAGGAACAGGUAAUGACUUUAAAUGAACUGCAUCUGUUAUCAGGGUCUUCAUGCAUAAGCCUAGAAUGUUCCAGCAGGUGUUUUAGGUGGUAAUUCCUAGGGCAAAACUUGGACCCUCUGUAGGCCAUCAACAUGCUGCUGCUUUUCUCGUGAAUGCAGUAAGCAAGCAGCUGAAUUUAUUCAUGGAUGCUUUUAAGAGUAGCCAAAUACUACUAUAGGCCAUUGCAUAGAUACAGCUUUUCCCAUUGCAGUCUUGAUAAAAAGCAUUCAGGAAUGAAUACCUGUUAGUGCAGAACAGAUUAAUUACUGUGGAAAGGUUGUAUGAGUCUAUUCAAACUAGAAUUUGAUAUUUAACUUGAUCUUCUAGAAUAUAGUAAAUAAUGCAUUAUCUUGUUAAUCUAAGUUGGUUUGUUUUUUAUUAAAUUUAACAGUGUAAGUAACAGGUGUUAGUAAUGGCUUGUAUCCCUUACAAAGGAGUUAAUGGGCAGCACACCUUCUGGAAAUUGGAGGAGUGAUAGGAGGUUGGAGGAUACAGAAUAUUCUACCGCCCCAUUUUACUGCCUUAGAGUUAUACCUGAAAUUACUCCGAGAAGAAAAUCUUUGCAGCACAGCAUUACUGUAAAUUCUUCUCCUUAUGCAUAAUGUAACUCCAUACAACGUCUCUUGCAUUUAAUAAAGAUAGAAGAAAUUGCUA